CACAACACUUGUCGUCUGAUCUGCCGGCUUCAGUUACUAUUUCGCGCUUAUACAAGGUUGCAGGGCAAACAUUUCCGCGUUUCCCCCGCUCAAAUCGCUGCCUUUCGGUCAGAUUUUGGGCAGUAGUUUUCCUCAGAUUGUCUGUAACCUGUGAAAGUCUGUUAGCGGGACGCAGCGCGACGGUAAGCGGACAUUCCAGCGGCGAUUUGGGCGGGACAGACAGACAGCAAGCCGGCCGUGCCACGUUGGUCGAGAAGAGAAAGCAGGCGUGAAAAAAUCGGGGCUCGAAUCAGACGAAAAACCGGACCACGAGGAUGCUCUUCAAGCUCACCGCUGUCCUAGUUGCCUUCAUAGCUUUGGGCCCUACCUUAUUUGGGAAGAAAAAUUCUGGAGACACUCUUGUUGGUCAGUGUCCUGAGGUGACCCCAGGCCAGGUGGGCACCUGUGUGGAGGCGUGUAACAACGACUCAAGCUGUGCGACCGGACAACUCUGCUGUUCCAAUGGCUGCGGACACACCUGCCAAGAAGCUGUCUUUGCUGAUUCCCAGAUGGCAACAACAGCCCCGCCCGACAACGUUGCUGAGAAGAUGAUGACAUCACCCCUCAUCACCGUCACCAUGGUGACAACCCUCCUCAUCAGCAUGCUGUACAUACCCUGAGGACCAAUCGCUGCACUGUACAUAAAUUAUGCAAAUAUCAUGCAAAUAUCACCUGUAAAUGGCAUAUAUAUAUAAUAUAGUAUAGCAUGUAGGACAUAUGUACAUUAUUGACUAGGACUGGCAUUUGAAAUAGAUUGUAGGGAAUGGUCAUCAUAUUGUAAGGAACAGAAUGGUACUGUGAAGGACUCUCAUUGGAACCUAAUGGAGCAUUGGGACCAAUGAAAAUGUGGUAUAUUUGAACCAAUCAGGACACAGGUUUGUAAAAGGAUCCAAUUGACAUGGGGAAUGUUCAACACAGGUAUUAAAUGGCUGGAAAGUGCUUCUUUUGUAAGUUGGUGACAAAAAUCUUGUUGAAUAAUAAGAUGCAAAAUUAUUUUGGAUACAGAGUUUAAUUAUAAGUUUUAUCUUUUGUUAGAUUAAUGUUGUCUGUACUUGUUCAGGUUUAGUGUUCUUUUUUGUGUCUUUUCCAUAACUUUGUUUUGUCCUUGUCCCCUAGCCCUUUGUAACAUACACAGUGUGACUAGUGGGGCAGCUUUUGCUACAUGUACAAUGCCACAGCUGAAGUAAAAAUAUGACUGUGUUAAAAAGUUGUAUAAUUUUUGCCAUUAUGUUCAACUCAGCUGCUUGCUACACCUGUGCUUUUACCCGUUAACAAUUCUGUUUGGCAUAAAGUUCAUGCUUUUUAAUUUCAGCCUUGCAGGCUUCUGUUUAAAGGAAAGAAGUAUAUCAUGUUUUAAGAAAAAAGUUACGGCAUUGUUUUUUAUGUUAAUAUAUUAGAGAUGCAAUCAUUUGUGCUGUGCCAAAAUUGUGUUAAAGUUUUUUUAACCUCCAGUGCUCUCAGGGCCGCUAAAUGUGUCCUGUAAGCCAACUUAGACUACCAAGGGUUAAAAACACUUGCAAACAGUGCCUCGUUGUUUGUUAGGUAGAUUUUUUAGGGUGUUGCCAUGGCAAAAGUUGUAUAUAAUCAUGCCAAAGAAAAAUUAAGAUACAGCAAAGGAAGGCUAAACUCGAAACCCCAACUUCUUGUAAUAAAAGAAUUGAAAAUGUU